AGUACGGUUGCGCACACCUGGCUAGUUCACUUAGGUUCAAUCAACCCUUUGCGUCCACAGAACUCCAUACUAGACAAGACAGCAGUCAGAUCUCGAACUCGGCACGGACAACGCAAGAUGCAGUGUUUUAUAUGUGUGACGUAUCUUAUGAUCAUAGUUACCGCACGUCCACCAAAGGUUCGAGAAAUUUCUAAAACAGUUGAAAAGCGGUCUAUAUUCAAUGACGUCAUACAAUCACUUCGAAUGCGAGCUCAACUACCAGAAGAUAUAAAUUUAAGUGACGAAAAUAAUUUAGGACUAAACUAUGACAAAUAUGGAAUUGAAAAUGAAUCUCUACAAUUACCUAAUGAUCUCGAUUUCAUGCCACGACGAAACGAUAGAAUAGAAAUGCCUCCAAUUAAAUAUCGUUUUCCAAAAAGUCUUAUGGGCAACGAAAGUUUUGAUAAUGCCGAGAAUCCUAAAGAAGAAAUUGUUGUUUACGUGAACACGCCAGGCGAAUUUAGUGAAUUAAAUCCUACCACGCAGAAACCAAAGAAACAAAAACGACCAAGACCACCCGUUAACAAAAAUAAAAAUACUUUAACAAAUAAAAGUGAAGAAGAUGUUACACAACCUGACGCGAUGAUGGAUAAACUGUUUAUGAACACAAUGGCUGGUCAAAGCCAAAUAGGUAAUCGAGAGUCUCAAACUGUGUUAAAACCAACUGUCAUUGUUAAUUUCAGAGGAUCUGUUAUGCACAGGGAAAGUGACAUCAGACUUGAGAGGAGACGAAACGAAAAUAACACAGUGAUACCUCAAAAUAUUUUUAAUAUAAAUCAAGAAAUUAAAGUUGAAAGAAAUGACGCGCGAAUGCAAACCACUGACAGCAUGAAGAAAUUACCAGUGAAUAUAAAACAAAACGUAAAUAUUAAAAAUCCACAAAUAGAUGAAGACAUGAUGAUGUGCGAAACGUCUUCCUCGAAAGAGAAGGAAGAAAAAAAACGAUCAGAUCGAAAAUACGAUGUCUUAGAAAUAAGGCUUACAAUUUGAAUACGAAUCAAGUAAACUUAAAAUUUUAAUAUAUCAUUAUGA